AUGCAUCUCCUCCAGGCAUGUAAACUAGCUGUCAUUGCUACGGCUGGGAUUGCUCUUGCUCAUCCCGGUGCUCAUGAGCCUAGCUCCUACACUUCUAUGAACAAGCGGAACUUCCUGCACAACGCCCGAAGCUCCCUUGACAAGUGUGCCGACAAGCUCGAAGAACGCGGAAUCAAGGCCCGUGCUGAAGCCCGCCGUGCAGCCUUGCUCGACAAGCACAGAAGCGCAUUUGUGAAUACUUCCCGCCACUCCGAUCUCCACGUCACUCUGAACACCCCGGCGGAUGAGCUUUCCGACAAGAACCCUGUCUGCAUCCUUGCCCCGGAAGGUGAAAUUGGCCCUUUCUGGGUUAAAGGAGAGCUUAUUCGCUACGACAUCAGCGACGGAGAGGAUGGUAUUCCUAUGUACCUUGACGGGCAGCUCAUCGACAUCAACACCUGCGAGCCAAUUAAGGAUCUCUACUGGGACGUGUGGAACUGUAACGCGACUGGUGUCUACUCAGGCGUCCAAAGCAGCAUGAAUGGCAAUGGUGACGAUGACUCUAACCUUGACAAAACAUUCCUUCGCGGAAUUCGGAAGACUGAUGAAGAUGGUGUCGCCGGGUUCAAGACUGUCUUUCCUGGCCACUACUCCGGCCGCACAACGCACGUUCACGUCGUUGCUCACCUCAAUGCAACACUUCUGCCUAACAAUACUCUUACGGGUGGAUACGUUCCCCACAUUGGACAGCUGUUCUUCGACCAAGACCUGAUUUCCGCGGUUGAGACGACCUACCCAUACAACACCAACACCGUAGCGAUCACUGAGAAUGCAAACGACCACGUUGUUAUAGUCGAGACUGAAGAUAGCAAUUCCGACCCGUUCUUCCAAUAUUCUCUGCUUGGUGACUCCAUUGAAGAUGGCAUUUUCGCUUGGGUUACUCUAGGAGUCAACUCUUCCGUUAGCCACGACUCAGCUGUUUCUUAUGCCGCCACUCUGAUCUCUGAUGGAGGUGUCUCAAUUUCAAAUGCCGGCUCGGGUGUUUCUUUCUGA